CACACAAUCAUUAAUUGUUAAGUGUAAACUUUCUUAGUUUAUUUAAGUACUCAUGCAGUUUGAAAAAAAAUAUCAUAAAACAAUAAUUACAGUUCCUUUUAUUAUAAAUACUGAUAGGGUCGAACUAACUAAUAGGGGUGUAUUGUUUCUAUUUGAAAUAUGUUUUAAUGCAGGAUGCAUCAGUCCAAGUGCAUAGUUUGCAAAUGCAAACUUAAAGUUCGCCAGAGACGGCCUGUCAACAAGCAUCUAAGAAAGUAUCUUAGAAAAACUUUCUUGAUUGAAAGCAGCGAGUCUGACUUCAUUUGUGGCAAAUGUUCGCGACCUGCGUACCGACAAGCUCCGUUUCCGGUGUUACAUCAGGCCAGUCUCCAAAAUGGUGGACAAGAAAGUACGUGCUGUGCGGGAAGUCCGCCGUCUGUACGACUUCGAGUUCAAGCAGCCUCGAAAAGCCACGCGUACUGCUUCAUUUGUAAGAAGCCUGGGCCAAAACUUAUCGUUGUGCCACAACAACUAAGAACAGAAGUGUUUGUUAAGCACAAUAUUUUAAUAACUGCUCAUAGUAGAUGCUGCCCGUGCCAUUUAGACUUUUCAUUGUCUCAAUUCCAUCCAGAUACAUUUGUUAACUUUAAAUCAAUGGACGACGCCUUUGUAAACAAAACAACAAUUACAGAGCUUUUAGAUACGGUGCGUGAGUUUGCCAUUAAAUCAUCAGUUAAACGAAUGUCCUUUGAAAAUAUUGAAUAUUACUCUGAUAUUGAUCUUCAAAACAUGACUGGCCUUAACAAGGAACAAUUUUUGGACUUCCACAGCAUGCUGAAAGAGCAUAUUAGAGAAACUCCAGCUAGAUCGAAAUCAACAACGACCGGUAUUUUUUUGUUCAAAAUGAAAACCGGAAUCUCUAAUAGUUUACUCGCAACUCUCUUUGGCAUUUCAAAAUCAAGUGUACGAAGGGCAAUUGCAGCUGUAAGGACGAUGUUAAUGCAAAACUUUGUUCAACACUAUUUAGGUUUUCAGCACAUCAGUCGUGAAAAUGUCAUUGACACUCAUACAAGGACUUUAGCUCAAUCUCUUCUGGCCGAAAAAAAUGAUCAAGUAAUAUUAGUUAUUGACGGUACGUACAUUUAUAUACAGAAAAGUGCCAAUUUUCAAUUUCAACGGCGUUCAUACAGUGUGCACAAAGGCCGUCCUUUAGUAAAACCAAUGGUUAUAGUAACAACUACAGGAUAUUUUGUAAGCAUUCUAGGGCCAUAUUUUUCGGACUCAAAAAAUAACGACGCAUCAAUUUUAAAUCAUAUUCUUUGCAACAACAUAGAAGAAAUUAAAGAAUGGAUAAAGCCGAACUUUGUGGUUGAUCAUGGGUUUCGCGACUCAAUAACGCUGCUUUCUAACAUGGGAAUUCAUGCGGAAAUGCCAGCUUUUAUCAAUAAGGGAGUUAAGCAAAUGCCAACGGAGGAUGCCAACACUAGUCGCUUGGUUACAAAGGUCCGAUGGGUCGUAGAGGCUGCCAAUGCAAGAAUUAAACGUUGGAAGUAUCUGGAUAAGGUCCUUCCAACAACCCAGGUUCCAUUUAUAGGGGACUAUGUGCGCAUAGUAUGCGCCAUUUCGAAUAAGUAUUUUACUCCCAUCAAUGCUACAAAGAAUAACGAGGAGGACCUGUUUAUGGCUGCACGCAUGCGAGAGUUGCUGAGCCAUUCAAACGCGCUUCAGCAAUUUGUAACUGAAAACAAUCUGGAACGGCGAAGUGUCGCCAAGUGGGUUGAUACCAACCAUGAAUAUCUUGACUUUCCAUCUCUAGAUGACAACACACUACGGUUAUUGACUUUAGGCACUUACCAGUUAAAACUCACAGGCAGUUACAUCCAAGAGUACCUAGGCAGUGACUGCAAUCUUCAGCUCUACCGAGAGAUGGAGGGGUUGAUUAGAGUCAGGUUGCAGAGCAGACACGUAUCCUCACGCUCGUAUCUGAUCUGGAUACGUUACGAUAGUGACCACAUCAUUGGUUGGUACUGUCGUUGUAAAUGUGGGUCACGAACUGUCGGUACUUGUUCUCAUGUUGCAUCAGUUUUGUGGUACCUUGGACAGCAAAUCCCGUUAUCUAGAGAACCAGGUGUGAAAGACUGGGGACAAUACCUUGAUGAUGCGGCUGAAGUACCAGAGGCGGUUGAUUCUUCUGACUCCGAGGAAAGUAAUAUCGAGGAGUAAUGCUCUUUUCAUAUUAAAUUGAGCAAUGAAUAGACUUAUUAUCCAAAUGUUACUAUUUGUGUGCGUAUGAACUUAAUUUUGAAAUAACAAUUACUGGCUGUGUGUUAUUUAAGUGUAUCCAUUAAACGAGUAUUUACUGCUUACCAUAUACAUGACUGAUGUAUUCAUGUUAAGUGAAUAUAACACAUAUUUGGAGAUUUCUGCUAUUAUAGCACCCAUUUAGUAAUAUUUAGUAAUAUUUAUUUACACAUCAACUUUGUAAAUAAAAUGAAUCAAAAUGUUCCUAUCACAUAGUGUUUAGUUGUGUGAUUAAGAUCAAUUUCGUUCAUUAUUGUAGUUUGUUGUUGAAAUGUAUGCAUUAAACUUGUAUAUACUGUUUGCCAUAUAUAUUUAUCUCAGGUUUAUAUAACAUGUAUUGCAGUGGAUACAGUUACUAUAGCAACCAUAUUAUAACGUUUUUUUUCACAUCAACUUUGUUAACAAUAUGUUGUUGUUUUUUUAGUGCAAGAGACGACCUUAUCUUUGUUGACUGUUUAUACAGUUUUGAGUUUGUAACUUGUCGUGGUACUGCACAUUCACAAUGUCGUUUAUAAGCGCAAUACUGGUUAUAUUAUAGUUAUUAUGUUAAAUAUAAACAGUUGCUGCAGCAACAUCCAUAUUUAUUGAUAUAUUCAUGAGAGUAUAAUGACUGCGCUUGAAAACUGUCAAUUGAUAAAUGCUAAGUAUCGACAACUCAAUUGAUAUGUAUUUGUCUCAUCAAAAAAAAUGUUACCAUGGAAACGGAGGUUUUAGAAUUACUAUGCUCACAAUUCACAUUUGAUAUUUGUAUUGACAAUAAUAUGUAUUGUUCUUAAUAUUGCUAGUUAACAUACUUAAAUAAUGGAUACAUGUGUCAUUAUUAUCUUAUUAUGUAAAAAUGGGUAUGUGUGAAUGUGUUGCCAUGGUUACCAUACCAUAUAUGUUGUUACGGUUUUAAUACAUGUUUUUCGGAACUACACACAUUAAAUAAAUAUUUCAGGUAA